AUGGCCACGGUGCGGGGCUCGCCCGGGCUGCUGGCCCCGCUGCUGCUGGCCCCGCUGCUGCUGGCCCCGGCGGGCAUUGCCGACCGCUGCAGCUGGAGGGGCAGUGGUUUGAGCUGGGAGCCCCUCUCCCGUGCCGUGGAGCAGGUGCACCUGCGCUGCACCGAGGGCUCCCUGGAGUGGAUGUACCCAGCACGAGCCCUGCGAGUGCUCCUGGAGCCCAACGUGGCCGGUGCCCAGCACAGCGCGGUGUGCAUCAAACCCGCCAGCGACUUCCAGGGCGCCAGCAUCUACGUGGAACGUGCUGGGCAGCUGCACCUGGUGGUGAGCGAGGCAGAGGGGGCUCGGCCCCGGCACGUGUCCUGCUUCAGCUCGCACACCCCGCAAGGAGUGGCCCUGUUCCUGCAGGCCAGCCCGCAGAGGGACAUCAGCCGCCGCACCGCCAGCUUCCAGUACAAGCUGCUGAGCAACCAGAGCGCGGCUGGCUCCGACUUCACAAAGAUGGCCCUGGUUGAAGCUAUGUGCCGUCCUUGUGACAACAUGGAACUCCUUAUGGCCAUUUGCAGCAGUGAUUUUGUGGUGAAAGGAUCCAUCCGAAAUGUCUCCCACGACUCGGAGAACCACAUGUCCCAGGUCGAUGUCAGUGUCCAGAGAGUCUACAGGCAGAAAAACCGAAUUUUCCAGCAGGAGGAAGGGAGUGGGGAGUGGCGAGGCCCCAUCCGGACCCUUCUGCAGUGCAAGGUGAAGAAGGGAGGGGGAGAUUUCCUCUUCACUGGGAAUGAACACUUUGGGGAAGCCUGGCUGGGCUGUGCCCCUCGGUUUAAGGAUUUCAUGUUGGUUUACCAGGCUGCCAGAGAAAGGGGAGCCAACCCUUGUGAGUUUGAGCUCAACUGACAUGAGUUCAGCUGACUCUCACUGUUGCUGAGAGUUGAAAAACUUCAGCCCAGUCUUUGGAUACUGAAUGUGGAGCAGAGUUAAAACCAAGGACUAAAGUUAACAAUUGGCCCAAAGUGGGACCUGGAGGAUUUCCUGAUGAUAAUGGCUCUGUGAGCCCCGUGAACUGGGACUUUGAACUCACAUUAAUUUCUCUUUCUUCAUGUUUUCUUUGCCUCACAAAAUAACUCUGGAUUUUGGAAAGACAGUCUUUUGGGGAAGGUUAGAAAGCAGCCUGUGCUCAGUACUAAAAAAGUCUCUCUAACAUCUCUUGCUCUGUGUAAAUGUUAUGUGCUUUUCCUCUAGAUAUAUUUCUCCCCUCCCCAAUCUCUGCUUGAUUUCUCUUCCUUUACAGGCAAAUGUGAAAACUUUCUCUAACCUGGGAGGAAAAACUAUCUCUAUAGCCAAAAAAAAUCGUUUUCUUCACCACAGACUACUCGAUUGUUAAAACGGAACGUAGAUGCUGUGAAAAGCACAUGCUCUUUUCUGACAUUGAAAGACAUUAAAGAGUUUAAUAU